AUGUAUCAACCGUACACCUUACCAGCAACGACGGCGGCAUGUUCCACGGGCGAAGCUUCGUUCAACCAAAUGAUGGAUCCAUCAAUGCUUGGGCAGAAUACGAGCAGUGCACCUUUCUACGGGUCGACAUUCAACUAUCCAACUUACGAUUACUCGUCUCCGUUAAUACCAAGAGUUCCUGGUUCUGCGCCAGCCGCUGGCGCCGCGUGUUCAACCAGUACCUCGUCGUCAAGUUCAAACGGUUCGGCACAGUCAACGAAUGCAACACGGAGUAAGGCCCGAACCACCGCAUCUGAAGGACGAGAAUGCGUGAACUGUGGAGUUCAGGCCACCCCCUUGUGGAGGCGAGAUGGUACUGGUCAUUACCUCUGCAAUGCCUGUGGCCUCUAUCACAAGAUGAAUGGCCAGAAUAGGCCGUUGGUGAAGCCGAAAAAGCGACAGAUUAUGACACUUCGUCGUGUGUUAGUUUACACUCAGUUGACAUCGCCAAUAUACGGUAGCGACAGAGCCGCUGCAGCUGCACUCUACGCAACCCACAUGCUCUCUGCGCCCUGA